CCAGUCGAUAAUUUUUGUGAAUAUCUUUCGAAAAUUCUCCUCAAUCAACCGACUCCACACACCGCAAGCAACAAGCGAGAAUGGACGAUUCAGACGAGUUUGUGGAUGCCCUCUCUGACCCUCCACGACCGGCCCGGGCUUUCGGGUCCGUGGAGCUGGAGGAGGUCGGAGAAACGGAUGUUGACCAGCUGCCAGAGGUGAAUGGCAAUCACGCAAGCAGCGGCAUGACGGAAGACACCAACCAGGGCCAGCCGAGUCAGCCACGCGCACCACGCAGCAGCCAACAGCACGCGUGGGAGGGUGAGCAGCAACGCACGCCUUCAACCUCACCCGCAAAGGCAGCGUCGCCAGCGUCGCCUGGUGCUGCCGCGCUGUCAUCGCAGUCAAUCCAGGAUGCAAGGCGCAGCCCUCGACCGGGCGCGCACUCGCCCCGUAAGCUGCCGCAAGCGCCACAGGGACAAUCGCCCCCACCCAAAUCGCCAUCGUCGCCUCGCAGACGCCAGCCAGCAUCGCCAACGGCCAGUGUGACGAAGCGCGCUGCUGCCUUGCGCAUGGAGGACGAUGUUCGCCCCUCUGCACACGUCCACAACCACCUCAACCUCCGCAACGAGCAGGCCCUGUCCUCGUCACCCGACACAAACGGCAGCGUCUUCACAUUUGACGAACACGCCAUUACACGCAACUCAACCAUGCCUUCCGCAUCGAGCGACAUCGUCAUCUCUGGGCGGCUGGGCCACGCGAGCUGCAUCAACGGCGAAUAUGUCAAGCUGGACGGUGCCAUGCACGACGGCAAGGAGGUGUUUCGCCAUCGUGAGCCCAUUCCUCCAGGGUUUUCAGAGAACAGCGGACGGUUUCUCCACCUCGCGUUUUAUGAAAGCAACGACGCAUGGGCCAUCUCAACACAGCUUGGGAGCCUGGAUGUUGUGGCGUACACGCUCGGGGACGUGCUGAAUCCAACACACGUCGCCAUGAUGGGACCGCCGCUCUGGUACAUCAGCUCCGGCGAAGGGCAAUAUGAGCCCGACGAGCGCGUGCAGAUGUGGGGGCGGCGCGUGCCGGAGCCACGCAUGGAUCUGUACAAGGAAGCGUUGUCGUUGCCGCACCAUGACAACUCGUUUGAGGAGGACAUGAUGGAGGACUUGCCCGAGGAGCCCGAGAACGAGGAAGAAGAGGCAGAAGAGGAAGAAAGGGCGGAGGGUGCAUCGCCUGCACCGCUGCGCCUGCCUCACCACCACCACCAUCCACAACAGCAUGAACGUGAACACCAUCAGCACCUGGACGAGGACGAUGCUGCCCGCAGCGCGUUUUCCCCGCGCCGACGACACAGCCCGCUCGUGCCGCACGACCAACAGCACGACCUUGAUCACCGCCACUGCCACGACACGCGCCAUCAUCCUCACCAGCGCCAUGAUCGCGACAUUCAUCACAAUGACGAUGACGAUGACGAUGAUGGUGGUGGUAGUGGUAAUGGUGGUGGUGGUGGAAGGCAGCGCUCGUCGGCUGCGUCCCCGCGUCAAUACAGCGGCCCGAGGAGCGACGAUGAGACGUGGGGUGAGCCGCGCGCAGCAACAACACACCUCCCGCCACCCACGCACGAGCACGUGCACACACUACAGCAGCAGCAGCAGCAGAAACAGGAGCGGGCUGGCAAAGGCGGUGUCGGUGAGCGAGUGGGUACACGGGAGAAUGGGGUUGAUGAGCGCACGGGUGGUGGUGGGUUGCCAACGCGGCAGCAGAAGCAGCAUAGACGGCAGAAGACGCCAAAGGGGGAGAGUGGACAGGGCGUCCGCCUCGCGAAGGAGGACCAAACCAGGGCCAAAUCAGAGGAGGCAGAGGAGAGAGGACAGGCACCAGAGCCAAAAGCAACAGCAGCGACAGCAGCAGCAGCAGCAGUGCACCAUGCUGCGGCGCUGGAGAAUGGAGUCGGGCGUGCAGGAGCCACAACAAAGCCUCAACCCGGACAGCAGCAACAGCAACAGCAAGAAGUGGCAGGGAGUGACGCGGCAGACGACCGCCUUCCCGCGGUGGGCGAGCAAGAGAGGAAGCAGGCUGCAGCGCGAGCGGAAUUAUCGUCCGCCCUGGCAGCGCGGCGUGCGAAGAAGAGAAAGGAGGAGGAGCGAUUGCAUGUGCGCGGGUUUGAGCGGAGUGCAUCGCUCGGGUCGCGUGCGGCCAUGCGUGUGCGGGAGCGAACGUGUCAGCGCAGAGCCAACUCCAUGUCUGAAGGCACGCGACGCGGGAAGCGCAGCAGCAGCGACAGCAGCACUGGCUCUGGCGCCCACAGGGAGCGGAGUGGGAGUCUGCGACGGUUUGGAUCGCGCCUCUCGCGCUCGAUUCGACGCUUUCCCGGCAGCAGGCGCAUGCGCCAGACUCUCAGCGACACAAAGCUGCGGCUGCAGCGGCUGAGCCGAAAGGAGACACCGGCGGAGGCGCUGGGGCGGCACGUGAAGCGGUUUCGUGCGGCGCAGGGCGAACGCGACAAGAUGACAGCUGUCGACGACUUCAGAAAGCCGUACUUUGAGGUGCUGCUGAACGUGAUGACGCGCGAUGAGGUGCAGAUCUUCUACGCAACACAGGACGACAUCGAAGGGGAGGGACGCGCGUGGAUCAAAGCUGCAUGUCAGCUGAUUUGGCAAACGCACUCGUUUGUUGUCGACAAGCUGAGUGCGGUUGUGUCGCAGGAGAGCCUGCUUCUCUUCUGCGCCAAGGCCCUUGCCGUCAACUACUUUCUCGUCCCAGACCUCGCGCAGGUCAUCGUGACAGCCGUGUCGCGCGCAACACCCAUCAGCAGCCGCCGAUCUCGAAAAAUUGGGUCCCUUCUGUAUUCCAGCGGGCUGGAAUGGAUGGCUGCACUGGAGAAAUUCAUUCCCCUCAACUCAAAGAAUGCGUUUUACAACAUCUACCAGCUGUGCGGCGUGGAUGUGACGGCAACAUCGGACCAGCACCCGGCAACGUGCCCGCGCGUCCCCUACUACCAUGAGCAUGCCAUUCUCACAACGCACCCGACCUACCACACCAUCAUGCAGCGGCUUCAGCUCGACAACACGCCCGACCUGCUUGACGAUGCGCUGUGGCUCGGAAACCGCGCGGCCCCGGCGUCGUGGACGUCGCGCUUUGUCACAGACACGGAGGCUGGGUUUGGGUUUCUCGCUGUCUUCCUCGAGGUGCUCGUGCGAAGGGCAAAAUCCCUCUACCGCAUCGACUACUUUGACUCAAAGGCCGACCAGCAGCUCGGCAUCAACCGCAAGUCAUCACUGGCCAUUGUGUUCUGCCCUGGUUUCCUUGAGCUGAGCGCGUGCUACUUGCGCCUCGCCCUCACCACCCGCCACGCGGUCAAGUGGGCCACACCAGCAGUCAUCACACCCACAAACCUGAUCUGCAACUGGUCUGAUCGCACGGCAGCGUGUGCGCUGGCGAUGAGUGUUAGCGGCGUCUUCUUCUCCACGCUCUUCCACGACCUCAUGCUGCAGACCAGUGUCACACACGUCGCAGAUGUCAUCUCGCUGCUGUCCUCGUUCCAGGCGUUUCUGAAGUGCUACCACCACAUGCACGGCGCGCCCCUCCCCUCCGACGUGAACCUCGACCUCUUCCUCAAGUUCCUGCAGCGCCUCACCUCUUGCCACCACUACGUGGUUACUAUGUUUGCGUUACGCUGGACGUACGACUGUUUGGAUUAUUUCCACGAGGAGCAACGAGCAAGAAUCACCCACUUCCUGACACAGCGGACGGUGCUUGAGCCGCUGCUGUGCCACUGGGAGUCGAAUGUGCGACACCUCAUGCACACCCUCGUCCUCUUCCGCCUCUUCCCGCCGGCCCAGUCUGACCUGCAGCUCGGCUUUGUCCAGGCCAUCCGGGCACAAGUGGAGCACCCACAGCUGCAUCCGGAUUCGUAUCAGCCGCUGUCGCCCGCGCUGAUUGCGCACGCCAACCUGUCCCCGGCUGUGGCCGCGCUGUACCAGCAGCAGGUGCGCAAUGUGCAGGAUGUCGUCCAGCAGAUUAUCGAACUCCACAAGUGCUCUGGUGGUCCCCCGUACUCGUGCCUCUCCCGUCGCCCGCUCGCCCCGCCAUCCACGUCAUCUGCCGCGCUCCAGUCCAUCUACGCCGUGGAGACGCUCAACCAGCUCGCUGCAAGCGCAGUCGAGGCCGGCAAGUGGUUCAAGGAUGCGCGCCACCGGCCGUCGUCGGAGCGGCCCGUGCCCGCCAUCACCAUGGCCAUGCCGCCGCUGCAGAACAUGACAUCCAUGUACACACGCGCAAAGCCCUCGCGAUACUGAUGGCACACGCAUACAAACACACACACACACACAUACACGCGCGCACACAUACAUGCACACAUACACCCCCACACCCCCCCCCUCAAGGCAGUUUGUUUUUGUUACGGCUUCUCUUCUCUCGCCUGUCCACGCUGUUGUUCAUCUUGUUCACCCGCUGUUGCAGCGUCUCCCUCUCCCACCCCCACCCCUUCUCUCUCUCCCCAACACACCAGCUGGUUACCAUGCCCCCGUUUUCGUUUCUCGUCGGUGUGCUUCUCGCGUUCAUCUCUAACUGACUCGCUUGCCUGCUUGGUUCAACUAAUGUGAGACGCGUGUGCACCGCGCUCACUGCUGCGGCUGUUUCACGACUCGAUUGUUUCAUUUCUUCGUCCCAUGGCGUUUGUGAUUGUGUACUUGAUCGAUAGGCAGCACCAAUACACACCCUGCACAUGCACCCACGCAAUCACAUGCACCCACCGCGUGCUGACCUUCCACUCAAGAAACAAGCAGCCGUACGCAUGCACCACUCCCUGCGCUUCACCCUCUAGCAGCACCUCUACGCCUCCCCCCCAUCCCUUGAUGCAUAUGCACAAACGUUCACUCCUCUUCCAAGCCAGAUCGUCGUUGACUGCUCGUCUCUUUUCCUUUCGUCUUCUCGCUGCCUGUUGUGUUUCCCCCCAUGAUGCUGGCACAACCACCACCACCCUCCCCUAUCCCAAAGCAAAUACACACCUUCUUCUAUCG